GAUCUCGUUACACCUCUGUCAGCGUUUCAAAAGUAGCAAAUUUAUUCGACGUGUAAUUUUUUUUCAUGAAUAAAAAGGUAAAGCUAAGAAAUAGUUUAUGAAAUAAGAAAUAGUUUAUGAAAUAAGGUGGAAAUGAUUGACAAGCACGUAUUCUGUAAAUUCUUUGAUUCUAUAUGAAUUGUGCACAUAUUUCUUGAUCCACCACUGAUUCUUAGUGUACUCGAACUUGACAUCCAAGUAUUUUCUAAUUUUUGCUACUAAAGGUAAACGCUUAUUUUGACUCUUUACAAUAACGAAAAGUUGACAGGAGCGGGGUAUGAUUGGGGAUAGGAACGAUAACUCUGAACAUAAAUGUAAUUCGGGCUCGAGAUUCUGACUACUCCGCCAUUUCCGCUGGUGAAAAAAAAAAAUUUGGAACUUAAAUGUAAUCACCUGUCGAGCUUUGAAAAUUGAAGAGAAAAAAUAUUAUAAAGAUUGUUGUCUUGUUUUAGCAUCCAUUAGGGUACCUAAGAGACAGAUGUCGACAGGAGGAAUUGAAACAAAAGGUGUGCCAUCCACAUCAAUUCGCACCCACACCGAGGUCUCCACCAAUGGCGGUGCUAGCUUUUCCACAGACACCCCCACUUACAACACUGAGACCCCCACCAAAAAGAGUUUGUCCACUGUGACCUCUACCACGACCCUGGCUUAUCAGACUACUUUAGUUGAUGCAUCCAUUGGGGUACGUAAGAGACAGAUGUCGACAGGAGGAAUUGAAACAAAAGGUGUGCCAUCCACAUCAAUUCGCACCCACACUGAGGUCUCCACCAAUGGCGGUUCUAGCUUUUCCACAGACACCCCCACUUACAACACUGAGACCCCCACCAAAACAAGUUUGUCCACUGGGACCUCUACCAUGACCCUGGCUUAUCAGACUACUUUAGUUGAUGCAUCCAUUGGGGUACGUAAGAGACAGAUGUCGACAGGAGGAAUUGAAACAAAAGGUGUGCCAUCCACAUCAAUUCGAACUCGCACCGAGACCUCCACCAAUGGCGGUUCUAGCUUUUUCACAGACACCCCCACUUAUACCACCAAAAAGAGUUUGUCCACUGGGACCUCUACCAUGACCCUGGCAUAUCAGACUAUUUUAGAUGAUGAUUCCAAAAAGCAAGACAACCUCUUCAUGGACCCCGAGUGGAAAGGAAUGUUGGUGUGGUCAAUCUUGAUGACCAUUCUCAUCAUACUAAUAUUGCUGAAAAGAUGGUUGCAAGCAAAAUGUCGAAAUUGUGCACAUACCCGACCUGAACAACUAGCUACCACUGAACAACCAGCUACAAUACCUUCAGCAACAUCAACACCAGCACCAACUUCCUCACCAGAAAUUGUACACCUAAACCCAGCAUUCUCUCCGUUGUCAUUCACUCCUCCUUCCUUGGCCACGACCCCAAGCACCAUAACCUCAACCCCACCAGACACUGCACAAUGCUUAACUUCAGCACUCACGAGUCGGUCAACUCCACCCGCUUCACCAGCUGAAAGCAUAGAAAUGCAAACCCCGCCAUCACUUGCCACAACCCCUGAAACACCAUCCACGGUGACCUCAACCAAACCUCUGCUAAGUCAAACAUCAGUCUCUGACAACACAAGGUCCAAGACGGCAAAGAGGCAACUUAACUUGUAA